AUGGCCGCGAUCGCCAGCUCCCUGAUCCGGCAGAAACGCCAGGCGAGGGAGUCGAACAGCGACCGGGUCUCGACCUCGAAACGCCGCCCCCCCAGCCCCAGCAAAGACCCCCGCUCUAUCUGCGAGAGGCAUUUCUUGGGGGUCUUCAGCAAAGUCCGUUUCUGCAGCGGCAAGAAAAGACCAGUUCGGCGGCGACCAGAUGCACCCUCGAAACCUCCACAGGUGUCCCAUAAGGGCUGCAAGCUAGAGCCGCAGCUGAAAGGCAUCGUGACACGACUAUUCAGCCAGCAGGGCUUCUACCUGCAGAUGCAGCCGGAUGGAACCAUCGACGGCACCAAGGACGAGAACAGCGACAACACUCUCUUUAAUCUUAUUCCCGUGGGUCUGAGAGUGGUGGCCAUCCAGGGAGUGAAGAGUGGCUUCUACAUUGCCAUGAAUGGAGAGGGCAUGCUCUACAGAUCGGAGAUGUUCACACCCGAGUGCAAGUUCAAGGAGUCGGUUUUCGAGAACUACUAUGUGAUCUACUCGUCCACCGUGUACCGACAGCAGGAGUCGGGCCGGGCCUGGUUCCUCGGCCUCACCAAGGAGGGCCAAGUCAUGAAGGGCAACCGGGUCAAGAAGACUAAGCCCUCGUCACACUUUGUGCCCAGGCCCAUCGAAGUUUGUAUGUACAAGGAGCCGUCAAUGCAUGAGAUAGAGGACAAGCACCGCUCCAGGAAGAGCUCAGGGACUCCCACCAUGAAUGGAGGAAAAGCUGUCAAUCAAGACUCCACAUAG